AUACAAUAAAAGUGCCGCUUCUUGACAUGCCAAAAUGGUCCAAAAAUGGUUUUGAACUCUAAAAAAUCGUGAUUAACCCGCAUUAAAACAUCGCACGUCCCCAAAUACCCCCAAAAUGACCGACAUAGGAGUAGAAGUUGGUCAAAAAAUGAGGUCCGCAAUUAAAGCGAAACUAAUGGAAUUGGAGUGUUACGUGGAUGAUGAACUCCCUGAUUAUAUCAUGGUUAUGGUCGCAAAUAAACGUACUAAAUCACAAAUGAAUGAGGAUUUACAAUUAUUUUUAGGCUCUAAGACUAGUACAUUUGUUGAAUGGUUACAUAUAGUACUAAAAAAGUUAAAAGAAGUUCAUGUUACUAAUCCAAAUGUUUUUAAAAAAUCAACAAAGCGGAAAAUAGAAGAUCCCGAAUUAGAAAAGCAUGUCAAAAAAGAAAAGAAAGACUCAAAAAACAAAAAAUUAAAAAAACUAGAUAUUAAUAUUAAAGAGGAAUCGGUAAAAUCUCUAACAGAUGAUCUCCCCAUGAAUAUAAAAUUACCAGAAAUUCGGAAAGUAACCAUUCAAGACACAACAUCUUCAUUAAACGAUGGAGAUGGAUUUGAUAUCCCCACAAUAACUGAAGUAAAUUCAUCAACAGAAACUGAAUUAAGGAUAUUAGAGAAACAAAUUAAAAGUGCGAAAAGUCGUUUAGGUGUGGUUGUUCAUAGCGAAUCUGAGGAUGAUUUUUUAAACCUUAAAGCAGAACCAGACGAUUUAUUUCCCAAUGAACAAUCCAUAAAUAAACGGGAAAAACUUAAAGAACAAUUACGCAAAGUUAAUGUUAUUGAUGAAUCUCUUACUCCUCCAAUGCCUCAAAAAAACGUUGAAAAUUCGGAGGAAGUUUCACCCCAUAAAAUUAAAGAACACUCGAGGAUUGUUUUCGAUUUAGACAAUAAUAUUCCUAGGAAAAAAUCUGCGCUUGAACGGCUCGGAAAACGGCGAAUUAGUGACGAUAUCGAUUUUAGAAGUGGGCUAAAAAAAUCGAAAAUUAGUUUAAGCGAGAUAAGACGCGAAGAAGAAAAAUUAUUAGGGGUUAAACGCCAUGAAAAAAUUGAUCGGAAAAGAUUGUUUAAAGGAGAUAAAGAUGAAUCAGAAGAGAGAGUAGAAAGAAUAGAACGUGGAACAAGAGAAAGUGCUUUAUCUCGACUUGGAGUGAUGUCAAAAGUAGCAGUCCCAAAAAAAUCAAUUACAAACGAAGUCGUUGAAGAGGAAGUUUCCCCAAAUAAAGAAGUUCCUAGCGUUGUUAAAGUCAAGCCUAGAGUCAUACCACCAAAUGCGCCUCAAGCCAAUAAAAAUUUACUUUUAAAAGCGGUAGCCGAUGCUCAAAGAAGCAUCGCUCAAACACCUUCAAUAGGAACUAAUUCAAAACCUGAUGCGUUAUUUACGAAAAAAUACAAAGAGAAAUUAGCCGAAAAGCAUUCAAAAAGAAAAUCGUCCCCAAUUAAACAAAAAAGUAAACUUCAAGAUAUAAUUUCACAUAUUUCAAAAAACGUCGAACCCACAAAUAAACAACAAGGUGACUCAAGUGAGGUUGAAUACGUUCCCAAACCAUUAAAGCGAUCCGAAUCGUUAACAGCGCAGCUCCAAUACAUCCCGAGCCCAAAAGAAUUAAAAUCAGAUUCGGAUAAAAAAAUUCAAAGUCCAAACUUUAUAGUUACAUUAGACGGAAUUGAUAAAACCAAGUACGAAUCUACUAAGUCCAAAUUCGAAUUUGAUGGAAACGACGUUGAGGUCGAUAAAAAUAAAGUUGAAUCCGAAAAAAACGACGUUCAGAAAAAACGUAGAACGCCGUCUCCGAUUAUCUUCGAUAAAGUUACUUCGCCUGUUAAGAAAUCUAUUAAUGUGCCGGAUGUUUUGCCGAAAAUCCACACGUCGCCGUUAGUUAAAAAUAAGGAGCGGUGUAAAUAUUGGCCUGGAUGUCGGCAAGGCGAAAAAUGCGAGUUUGUACAUCCAUCUACAGCUUGUAAAGCGUUUCCACAGUGUAAAUUUGGGGAUAAAUGUCUUUAUGUCCAUCCUAAUUGUAAAUUUGAGAGUUCUUGUACUCGAAGAGAUUGUCCGUACAAUCAUAGUGCUUUAAAUAAAUCUACAGUUUCAAGAACACCGGUUCAAAUUCAAGUACAAACAUGUAAAUUUUAUCCAAAUUGUACAAACGUUCAUUGUACGUUUUUCCAUCCAAGGCCAUGUAAAUUUGGAAAAUUUUGUAAGAAUCAAUCGGAGUGUGGUUUUGUGCAUCCUAGAAAUACAAAUUUAACCUGGAGGAGUCAUUUACAAGUGUAAAUUUAGUUACUUUUUAAGUGAUUUUUAAGAGUUAAACAUUUUUUGUAUUAUGUACUAAUUAUUUAAACGAGUUGUUACGCGUCUCCGCUACGUUUAAUGAUUGUUUAUAUCAAUAGUUUCGCCCACGAAUUUAAUUAAUGGAAUAUUAUUUAACACACCCAAUUUAAAGUAUGUAAAUAACUGUGUAAGAUGUAAAUAUAGGUUUUUUUCUGAAAGUAUAAAAUAAGUUAGUUUAGAAUAACCCCAAGAUUAUUUCCGGAAAAUAUUUAUUGAAAAAUGUAAUAAUUUACAAUCUUAUUUCUCCAAAAAAAGAAAUAUAAUAACUAUAUAUAUA